AUGCCUACAAAUCAUCCACAAACAACACCAUUACUUGCCAUGCCAAUUCCAUCAAAAGUUCCUCCACCAUAUACACAAAAUUUUAGUACACCACCUCCUUCUAUUCCUGGUAAUAAUAGUGUUGGAAGUUCAGUUAAUAACCCAAGAAAUAUUCAUUCGAUAAAUAGUACAAAUAUUACACAUGGAAUGGGACCAGCAUUACCACAAGGAAAUCAUCCAUAUGUUUACCCACCUGGUAUUCAUGGACAACAAGGACAGACACCACAUCCACAAACAGUUAGUGGAAAUAUUUAUCAACAAAAUCCUCCUCCAACACAAGGUAUAAUGACAAUGCCAGGUUUUGUUAAUAAUCCUCAAGGAGGACCACCAUUUAUGGGUGGACCAAUACCACAAGGCAUUCAAAUGCCUCCACCAAUUGUUGGUUAUUAUUCUCCAAUGAUUCAAUCAAAUAUGGGUGGACCAGUACCAGGAGAUGGUUAUAAUUAUAAUCCACAACAACAUCAUGUUCUUCCACCACCACAAAUGGUAAGUAUAGUACCAGGAUCAUCAAAUCAACAACCUAAUAUACAUGGAGGAUUACCAUCUUCGUCACAAGGAAUUUAUCAUCAAAGAAAUGGUGGUAAUUCAUUUAGAAAUAAUCAAAAAGCACCACAUAUACCACCAUUAUAUGGACAUCCUGGAAAUUUUUAUUCAAUGCCAAUGAAUAUGAUGAUGACAAAUAAUAGUGGACCCCAACAUGUAAUACCUACUCAAAUAAAUCAACCACCUAUUGUUCCAGAAAUUAAAGAAAAAACUAAAAUAUUUGUACAAAAAAAUAAAGAUGGAGUGUAUUUGUAUGGACAUAUGACGUCGACGGGUCUUGUUUUUUCAAAGGAACCUCCCAAAGAAAUGGUACAAGAUAAUGAACCUUCAGAACAAGAAAUAAUUGAUAACUAUCAAUGUACUCCUCAUCCAAAUGGAUUAGAACCAUCAACAUCUGGUGGUUUGGUACAGGUGAAUUCAUUUAAUAGUUGUCCAAAUGGAUCAGUAGAAGAAUAUGCUUAUUCAGAGACAGAUUCAGUUAAUGUACCAUCAGACCCAAGGCAAAUAUCUCAUACUCCUGUUGAAAUUGUUGAAGAACAAGGGGGAAUGACUAAUGACAAUUGUAUAAAUCCAACAGAAGGUUCAAUAAAUAGUUUAUCUAAUAUGUUAAAACAAUCUGGUAUACAAGGAAUGGAUUGGUCUACAAUUGUAGAAGAAGAAAAGAAAAAUGAAGUAUCUGAUAAUAAUAUAUAUAAAGAGAAUGAAAAUUGUAGUAGCCAAGAGACACCAUCUAACAAUGAAUAUGUUAUAACAGUUGUCGGAGAUGAUCCUAAAAAAAUUAAAAAAUUAACAAAAGGUUUAUUAGAUGAAAUAUUUAUGAAAUAUAAAAUUAAACAUGAUGGUAUUAAAACAACAUCUGGAGAAUUAAUUACUAAUGAAAAACAAUUUGAAUCCGUAUAUUUGGUAUAUUUUAAAAAUAGGAAUUCAAUGAUUAAAGCUUUAAACUUAAAUGAGCAUGUUGAAAAUUAUAUAAAAUUAAUUAUUAAACUUAAAGGAACAAAUCAACAAAAUAUUAAUAAUGAUAAUAAUACUUCUAAAGAACAAGUUGAAGGAUAUAAAAAUCAAGUAAUUGAUAAUAGAAGUGGUGUUUAUCAAGAUGUUAGAUUGUCAAGAGAAUACCAAGGAAAUAAUAGAUUUGGAAAUUAUAGAAAUAAUGAUAAUAAUUAUCAAAAGAAACAAGGACCUCAUUACUAUGAUAAUCAUCCUAAAAGUGGAAACUUUAAUAAGGAUAAUAAUAUGAAAGGAAUCCAACAAAGAUCAUCAAAUCAUGGUAAUUAUUAUAAUAAAAAUAAUUAUAAUCAAAGACAUUCUAUGCCUAAUAGUGGUGGAGGACACACUGGAGAUAAAGUUAACAACCAACAAUUUGAAUUUUUUAAUAAUCAUAGAAAUAAUCUUAUAAAACAAAGUCAUUCUGGUCCAGUGAAGAGUGAAACUGCUUCUGUUACUUCACAUUAUAGUAGUAAUUCUUCACUUCUUGGAUCUUCACGAUGUGAUAGCUCACAUGAAAAAAUAAAAAAUAAUACUACAUCAGUUGAAGACACUGUUCUUGAUAUAUGGUGCAAAGAAAGAAGAGAAAAAAAUGCAGCUGCAGAAGCUUAUAAUAAAACUAAAAAUGAACAAAAUAAUACAAAAAUAUCAGAAGAAAAAAUUUCACAAUCAAAAACAGAAGAAUGUCCAGUAGAAAAAGAAGUUUUAGAGGAAAAAAUUCUUGAAGAUAAGAAAAAUAUAUACCCAAAAGAUAAUUUUAGAAGAAAUUAUCAUUCUGUUAAAAGUGGAAAUAAUCAUUUUACUAAAAAGGAUAAUUAUCAUAAAUAUAGUGGAAGCCAAAGUGCUCGAUUUCAGCAUAAUAAUACACAAAAACAAACUCAUCAAAAUAAUACAUCAAAUGAACAAGAUGAUACACUUCCACCUACAGGAAAUAAUUCUAAUUUAAAUAAUCAAGGAAUUAAGAGUAAUUUUAAAAGUAAUACACUUCCUAGAAGAAUCUCACAAUAUCAUGAUAGUAAUAGUGAAUUAAAGAAACGUGAAAAUUCAAUAAAUGUUAGAACUUUUAUUAAUUCCAAUACAAAAGGAGGUUAUAAUAAGGGACAAGAUAAGAAACAUGAUUUUAUAAAAAAUCAAAAUAAAAGAAAUAAUUCACAGUCAUCAAAUAGUAGAAAUGUUAAUGAAGGCAAAGUAGAAAAUAAGUCUAUUGAAGAUUUAAAAUUUAUCGCUACUGAUGUAUCUCAACCACUAUCUGCAGCAUCUUCUCCACCAUCAUUAACAGAAAUGAUUUUACCAUUAAAUGAAAAAAAAAGUCAAGAUGAUAUGGGAAGUGCUUUAUCAGUAUCAUCAAUUAAAAGUUUUAAAAGUACUUCAAGUAGACCACCAAGAAUUCAAACAAAUAUAAAAUAUAAUGAAACAAUUUCUCCGCAAAUGGUAUCACCAGCAGAUUCUAAUAUUGAUGAUUACUUUAGUGCAAGUGAAAAUGCAGAUGAGUUAAGAAAUAAAAUUGAAACAGAAAAAUGUAACAAUAUAAGUAAUAUGGUUAAAGAAACAAAUGUUGCCAAGCCAAGCCCAACUAAAAGAAAUAGAAAUACCAAAAAAAAGGAAAAGAAAAAUGAUAAAAACUGCCCGACAGAAGCAUUACUAAGCAAGAAUAGAUUUGCUGUCCUAACUAAGGAUUAA